AUGGAGUUGAGGCUGAGUAAAAGCGACUGUGGGGUGAACGGUGAUACAUUUCCACAAGCUUUCGACUGUAUCGGAGUAAGGCGGAUUCGGCGAACGCUCAAGCUGCCUUCACUGUCGAGGAGUGUGUCAACUGCACAGAGGCGCGAACGCGCGCAGUGCAGGGUGCCAAGUUGCGACCCUGCCAAGGACUUUUGGCUGUCAACGACCCGCCACUCGCCCGCUGACCUUGGCGAACUUUUCCUUGAAAAGCGACCUACACCUGAAUCGAGCGGCGAUAAAUAUCCA